GCACAAUAUUCAAUUCUGGGACUAUUGACCUGCCUUUGUACUUAUUAAAGUUUCAUCGGAUGUGACUGCCACAUGAGUUCCUCAAGGAUAAUGGACCCUAAGAUGAGAGAGGCUGAGGGAGAUGGAGAGGACAAUUCAGGAAAGAAAAAAUCAAAGUUCAAAUCCUUCAAAAAGUUUUUUGGUAAAAAGAAAAGGAAAGAGACAUCAUCUUCUGUGAGCAGCAGCCUGAAGUUGUGCCAAUCAACAAGUGAUGUUGCAGCCUCUCAUGACACACACAUUAGUUAUGAUUCUGAAGAUGAACUUGAGACACAUAAAGGCAUUAUGGGAAGCAGAGCUUURUCACAUGAUAGCAUUUUCAUCCUUGAGACUGGGCAAGAGCCUGCAAGGCCAGUAAGAGUGUUUUCUCAAGAAAACAUUUCUGAUCGGAUUAGAGCUUUACAGAUGAAACUCCAGCCUACCAUGAAAUUGGGACCUCCACCUCCAUUUGGACUUCAUGCAAAGCGAACAGAGGAUGCUGGGACCAGUUCUGAAGAUGAUGGAUUACCCAGGAGCCCUCCAGAAAUGUCUUUGCUUCAUGAAAGCCUAAACUCAGGCAUGAGAACAAGAUUCUCUGACUCUCACAAGCACCUUAGCUCUUUGAGUUUAGCUGGAACAGGCAGUGAAGAAGAAGAACAGAUUACAUUGAGUUCUUCUAGAUCUCGCUCUACAGAUGGUCAUCUGUUCACCAGGCAUGGAAGUACCMAAACAGAAUCGCCCCGAACAUCUGAGAGCACCAUUUCCCCUACAGCCAAUUUUGACACUCCACCUGAACUUUCUGCUUUCUUGGAUAAUUCAGCUGCUAAACAUAAGCUUUUAGUAAAACCCCGGAAGCAGAGAUCCAGUAGAAYGAGAAAUUUUUCUCAGAGGACCCAGUCUGAAUCUCUGACUGAUUUGAGCUGUACCCCAGAGGAAGAAGAAGAGGAUGAUGCUGUAUUCAAACCCAGCAAUCAAGAACUGCCAUGCAGCACAGCUGUAAUGCAGAAUGUGGCUUCCCAGCCAAAGCCCAGAACGCCUGAGGACCAUCCCCCUGCUUUGAGAGCAGUGAUGACUCAGCCUGCUUCUGAGUCUGCUGUUGUACAGGAAGCCCUGCUACCAGAGAAUAAGCCAGAGGACUGCCAGCCAACACUGGAAAUGACAUSUGAGGAGUCUGAGUCCUCCUUGCUGACAGAAGGCAAAGACUUUGCAACUUCUUCCUACUCCAGCUCAGACAGAGAARUACAAAAACAAGAAGAUUCUUCAGAAACACAGGUUCUGUUGUCUGGGGAUGUGUCAAUUAAUACUUUAAAUCAAGAAAAUAAGGAGCUUCCUCCUGUUUUUCCAGUAAAUAAAUUACCAUCUGAAGAAAAUAUUUCAGUCAGUGACAAUAGUAUUGUUUGCUUGAAAAGGUCAGAAGAAAAUAAGCAGAAGGAUGAUCAGGUAGCUGUGGAAGUGCCCUGUAAAAAAGGGGCAAAGAAAGAGUUUGCUCUAUUGUCAGAGUCCAGCAAGGAGUUUUUCAUGGGUUCUUCCCAGCCCACAGACUCAUUCCAUGUUUUACAUCCUGCUUCCCCAGGGCAGAUGGGAACAUCUACUUUUUGCUCUCUAGAGAAAAUACAGACUGCACAGGAGGCAGCUGCUUCUGAUAAGGRGAAUAGUCAGUCACUGCUCCACAAGGAGGAGCAACGGGGGAAGGAGGCUGAAAAAGCAGUCAAUGAACUCAAUGCCUUCAGAAAGUUUUCUGUUUCCUCUGCACGGGAGAGACCAAGCACCAGAAGCCUACAUUUCCCAGAAAGAUCAGAGCUGGAAAGCCCAUUAAAUUCGGGAUUCUUCCUGUCCAAAGCAAAGGUCUCCCUAAGAAAUGAGAAGUGGCAAGAAGAUUUUCAGAAGGGAUCAGAUCUGGAUGAGGAAAAAAGURGCAAGAAAAAGCAGACUUUGAUGCCAGAGUCCUACACUGAGAACACAGGCCAGCCUUCAGAAAUCUUGKCUGGUUGUGUUUCUCCAGCUGUUGAUGCAGUACCAACGCCAAGCAAUYCUUUGGUGGUAUCUCAGAAUCAACCAGUUUCUAAAGACAGAAGUCCUUUUCAAGUGAAACUUAGAUCCACCUCACUGUCCUUGAAAUAUGGAGACAACUCUCCACCAGAAUCAAAAGGGAUUAAAAGAUAUAGUGCAGAAUUUAAUUUAGAAAAUGAGGGAUUUACUUCCUUUCUAAAAGGUGAUAAGGCAGAGUUCAGAAAAACAGCCAAUACAAAUAUUGGUGAUUCUUUAAAUGAAAAGAUCAAACCCAAAGCAAAGUCCUCAGAACAGCUUAGUAGCAAACCUCCUUUGCCUAAAAAGCCAGUGUUGCAAAACAUAACUAUUCCAAACACUACUGCAAGCAAGGAGAAGCAGGACAAAGCUGUUCACUCUCCUGAAUCCAGAAGUGAAGACAGAGACCUGGAGAAACAGUCCACUGUUUGUAAAGUGCCUGAGAAAAGUGUGCCUUCUCCCGUGGCUGCUGGAGACUCUGGAAGAGAUCCCGACACUCCUACAGAACCAGCCUGGAUUUCCAUUGCAAGGCAAAAGCAGAGGGGCAUGCAGCAGGAGAAGGAACUCGACAGAGAAAAGCUUGUGGCUCCAGAUAAUAAGUCAAACACAGAGAAACAGAAUAAAGGAAAGGAACAAACAGAGGGGUCAGUGAAGCAACAAUGGAGCAAACCUUCACACUUGGCACCUAAAACCGCCUCUGAAGAGCAGAAGAAAGACACGAAGUCUGAAGUGAAGCCCCUGCUGAGAACYAAUUCACUGUCACAAUAUGUCCCCGUAGCUCCAUCACCUGCACUGGUGGAUAAGGAGGAAAUAAGCCACUUGAAAAAAGCCAGCAAUGUUGCUCCAGACCAGCCAUCAUGGAUGGAGCUGGCCAAAAAGAAAUCUCAAGCUUGGAGUGAUAUGCCACAGAUUAUAAAAUAGAAUGAUGCAAACAAGUAGCAUCUUUCAUUAUUAAGUCAACUACUUAACUGAACUCCUGCAGACCAGCUAAUCACAGUGAAGAAUCUCUUGAUACAGAAGGGUUUUAUUGUACAGCUGUGGAGAAAGAAAGUGUGCAAUAGGUGCAGUCAAAAAGUUUACCUUCAAUUUUGUAGCAAUCAGAAUUGYAAUGGCAAUGGAUUACUUAAAUUAUGCUAAGGGUAUACUUACACUUUGGAAAAUAAAACUUUUGCCUUACAUAUUUCGUGCAUUUUCUGCUUUUAAUGAUGUUUGCAUCCAAACAGGAUCUUUGCUAAACUUUACUGARCUUCCGUUGUUGCUGGAAAAUUCUAUUUGUUAUGGUUUUCUCUGUUUACAUUUAUAAAUUGUGCACUUACAUCCUGAUUCUGUUGAUGUGUUUCACUGGAACCAUGUGACACACUUUCUACCAAACUGUUAGGUCCACAGAGAUAUUUGUGAAUAGCUGCUAGUGGGUAAUCCAUUAAAAUGUUUGCCUAGC